CAACAGGCCAACUGAUACAGUUCUUCGAUUCUUCUCCUCUCCCCAUUCCAAACAAAAUUUCCCCCGUUUUUCGAGCUCUAGGGUUUUGAUUUUCCCUUUGGGCUGCGUUGGUUUUCUCGUUUCGGCGAAGAAAUUGUCGGCUGCUAUGCCCAAAUCGACGGCGGAGAACGCCGGCAACCUGAGGCAGGAACUGAAGAGGGUAUUGCCUUCGAUUCUCCACGGCGGAGGAGGAGGUGAUGAUUCCGGCGGCGGUGGGGGCAGAGUUGUGGAAGUCAUCGAUGAGGCUAUUAGAAUCCUGGGUUGUCUGAGGAAGCAAGAAUUAAAGACGGAAUCUGAAGUUUCGUGUUCUUCGGAGUCGGUGUCGACGGCGGCGGCGUCAUCUCCGGCGGAUGUACCAAAAGAGUUUAUGUGUCCGCUGUCGAUGAAGAUCAUGGGAGACCCUGUAAUCGUUGCGUCUGGGCAGACCUAUGAACGACUAUACAUCCAGAAGUGGCUGGCUGAAUGCGACCGGACAUGUCCCAAGACCAAAGAAGUCCUCUCCCACACAGUUCUUACACCAAACCAUUCUAUCCGUGAUUUGAUUUUGAAAUGGUGUCAACAUAACGAUGUCGAGUUGCCAAAUCCAGUCUCCGACACCGAUGGAGCAGUCCACGAGCUGGAUAGAGAUCAUCUUGAUACAUUACUUCAGAAGAUAUCAUCUUCCUCGGUUUCUGAUCAGAAAGAAGCUGCAAAGGAGCUACGCCGAUUGACCAAACGGGCCCCCUCUUUCCGCCUCUUUCUUCUCAGGGAACGUCCUGAUUCUAUAGCCCAAUUGCUCAGUCCGCUCUCUUCUUCAGUCAGUGCUGUGAACUCGAAGCCUGAGCUUCAAGAAGAUCUAAUCACGACCUUAUUCAACCUCUCGAUUCCCGAGAAGAAUAAAACCCUAGUCACGGAAAACCCUUUCGCAAUUCCUCUGCUUGCGAAAUCUUUGGCCCACGGGACAAUGGAGACUCGAAGAAACGCUGCUGCGACUUUCUUCUCGCUGUCAGUCACCGAUUCUAACAAACUUAUCAUCGGAAACUCAGACGCCCUCAAGCCGCUUAUGGAUCUGAUCGAGGAAGGUGAUUCAUUAGCCAUGAAAGACGCAGGUGCUGCAGUUUUCAACCUAUGUACUGUUCUCGAGAACAAAGAGAAGGCCGUCCAAGCUCGGGCAGUUCCUGUACUCGUCGAAAAGGUCAAAGACGGGGUCUUUGUUGAUGCCUCGCUCUCCAUACUCGCAUUGCUCUCUACACAUGAACAGGCAGUGGAAGAGAUGGUGGGACUCGGUUUCAUGUCUGAUCUCUUCAGCAUCAUCAGGAAACCGAGCUGUUCCUGUCCAAGAACGAGCGAGAAUGCUGUCGUGAUCGUCUUCAACAUAUGUGAUCAAGACAGAUCUCGGCUGAAAACUGUCCGUGAAGAGGAAAGACAAAACCGUACAAUGACGUAUCUUGCGAUGCAAGGAACCGAUAGGGCGAAGAGAAAGGCGAAUUCCCUUCUUCAGAAGCUGAAGAGAAUCUCCGGUGCUUUAUGAUCCACACACUGCUUAAAAAAAACUGUACCGUAAAUUUUAGAUGAAAGCAAGGGCAACGAAGGGAGUCUAAGGACUAGUGGCUAGUGAGUGGCAUAAUGGCAAUAUUUCGAACUCGGGAGGACAUAGUAGUAAUGUAACUCCGACAAGGCUACUAUGGUUAAAACUUGAAACGAGUGAUAUGAUUAUGACCGAGCAGUAAUGUUGUCGGCAAGUCAUGUCCAAUGGACAAAGGGUAAACCAUGUGAUUAAUUGAUUAAUUAGUCGAAUUGUGACAAUUAUACCACCAACGGGGUUGAUUGGUGGCUAAUGGAAGUGAGCUUGGGCUAA